AUGGAUGAUAUCCCCAUCUCCAAUCCCAACUCAAAACAAAACAAAAAACAGUCCCCACAUACUCUCUUAUCAUCACAUAAAUGCCCAAAAAUUCUUCCUUUUCUCUCUACACAAAUAAAAUAAAAUAAAAAUGGCAUAAUCCAUUUCUCUCCUUUCCUUCAUCACUCCCCGACGGCCCCUUCCAAUAAUAUAACCUGACUCGACUGAUUGAAUCGGACCUUAAUCAAAUAAUAAUGGGUCCAACAAUUUUAGAGGCGUUAAAUGUUCGAGUCGUCGGCUCCGGUGAAAGAAUUCUAGUCCUGGCCCACGGUUUCGGCACCGAUCAAUCUGCAUGGCAAAGAAUUUUACCUUACUUUACCCACUCCCACCGUGUAAUUCUCUAUGACCUAGUUUGUGCCGGCAGCGUUAACCCUGAUUUUUUCAAUUUCCGGCGAUACACCACUCUCGACGCAUACGUCGACGAUUUGAUUCAUAUCCUUGAAGCCCUAGGCGUCACUCGUUGUGCAUACGUCGGACACUCUGUUUCCGGUAUGAUCGGAAUCCUAGCAGCCAUCCGUAAACCUGAACUUUUCUCUAAACUUGUUCUCAUCGGAGCUUCUCCUAGAUUCUUGAAUGAUAAAGAUUACCAUGGUGGGUUUGAAGAAGCAGAAAUAGAGGAAUUGUUUUCAGCGAUGGAAGCGAAUUACGAGGCUUGGGUUAACGGGUUUGCGCCGUUGGCUGUCGGAGCAGAUGUUCCUGCGGCGGUGAGGGAAUUCAGCCGGACUUUGUUUAACAUGAGACCGGACAUAUCACUUUUUGUUUGCCGGACGGUUUUUAAUAGUGAUAUGAGAGGGGUUUUGGGUUUGGUUAAAUCGCCUUGUUGUAUAAUUCAGACGGCGAGAGAUGUAUCUGUUCCGGCGUCGGUUGCUUUAUACUUGAAGAAUAAUCUCGGCGGGAAGAAUACGGUGGAAAUGUUGCCGACGGAUGGUCAUUUGCCUCAUCUGAGUGCUCCUGCUCUUCUUGCUCCGGUGAUUCGUCGGAAUCUUCCACGGUCAUAAUAAUAAAGGGGAGUCAAAAAGGACACCUAAGGUAAGGCUUCAUAGUUAAGGUUUAUGUUACAACUUUGGAAUCACUCCAGGAGAUAGAGUAUGAAGAUAAAAGGUGUUGAAAGUUAAUCAUCAUAACAAAGGAGGAUAAAUCUCAAGGAAUAUGAUAACACAAUUUGAAACAAAUAGUUGAAAAUGCCAAAAAUGGGAAUAUGUUUCUUAGUAAUCAAGUCAUUCACAAGUUUGGUCUUCUUGUAGAAGAUUAAAGCUUAUUUUGUGCUCAUAUAUGUUUAUUUUUAUUUUUGUAGUUGUUAAGUUAUUGAGGUGAGAGUUA